AGUUGUUACUGAGGGAGAGGAUUGCAUAGGAAAAGGCAGAAGCGUUGUUAUCCCCUGUCUAUCCAUUUCAUCCAUUUCUCAAACUCAGCUCUCAGCUCAGUGUUGUAUUGAGCUCCGCCGCUAGCUGCCAUGUCUCCAGGUCCCGUCGUUGAUGCACCCGCCGCUGACACCACCGCCGACCAACAACUUCCUCCUGUCGAUGACGCUACCAACAAGAAAAAGCCUCAUCCCCAGGAAGAAGACGAAGCUCCUGUUGUUGAGGACGUCAAGGACGACGACGAAGACGCCGAUGAUGACGACGACGACGACGACGAUGAUGAUGACAAGGAAGACGGUGCUCAAGGCGGUGCCGAGGGUUCAAAGCAGAGCAGAAGUGAGAAGAAGAGUCGAAAGGCAAUGUUGAAGCUCGGGCUGAAGCCUGUAACUGGUGUUAGUCGUGUCACAAUCAAGAGAACAAAAAAUAUUCUCUUUUUCAUCUCAAAACCUGAUGUCUUCAAGAGUCCAAACUCCGAGACCUAUGUCAUAUUUGGAGAGGCCAAAAUAGAGGACCUGAGCUCUCAGCUGCAGAACCAAGCUGCUCAGCAGUUCAGGGUUCCAGAUAUGGCAUCUGUUAUGGCAAAACAAGAUCAAGCUGCUGCAGCUGCAGGAGCACAGGCUGAAGAAGAAGAGGAGGAGGUUGAUGAGACCGGCGUGGAACCCCAUGACAUUGAUUUGGUCAUGACACAGGCAGGAGUGUCAAGGAGCAAGGCCGUCAAGGCUCUCAAGACUCACGAUGGUGACAUUGUUGGUGCCAUCAUGGAGCUCACUACCUAAUAGUCUUUAUAUUCUAUUGUGCAUUUGAUUUCUGUCUCUCAGGAUGAUUUUGGAACUAGUGCCAUCCUUAAGUUACUCUAGUUAAACUUUUUGCCAUUUAUUUUGGUUUACAUUAUAAUUUUGUUGCUGUCCUUAAAAUUUAUGGGUGGCCAUAAUGGUCAGCCAUAUUAUUUAGCUGUUUUUUCCUCCCAAAAUUGCCUUCUGUGA